UGUGGCUCUGAGGUGAGGCCAAUCUUAGCACCUUGACGUUUGAGAAAGAGCUGGAAACCAGAGCAUCUGAUCCCCAAAGGCCAGAAACUCAGGGAAUUUGAAUUUGAAUCCCUGGAGCAGCUGCUGACAGAGCUGGAGGACUUCCUCAAGAUUCUUGAUCAGGAGAACCUGAGCAGCACUGCGGUGGUGAAGAAGAGUUGCCUGGCUGAGCUCCUCCGUCUUUACACCAAAAGCAGCAGUUCUGAUGAGGAGUACAUUUAUAUGAACAAAGUGACGGUCAACAAGCCACAGAAUGCUGAUUCUCAAGACAAAGUGCCCCAGGAGCAGAGCCUGCUGACCAAUGGGGAGCCCGGCCAGCAUUCCUCAGCCCCCCAGAAGAGCCUGCCUGAUCUCCCACCACCCAAGAUCAUUCCAGACCGGAAACAGCUCCCCGUCCCAAAGAUCGAGUCUCCAGAGGGCUACUAUGAAGAGGCUGAGCCCUAUGACACGUCCCUAAAUGAGGACGGAGAGGCCGUGAGCAGCUCCUACGAGUCCUACGAUGAAGAGGAAAGCAGUAAGGGCAAGUCAGCCCCCUACCAGUGGCCCUCCCCCGAGGCCAGCAUCGAGCUGAUGCGUGACGCCCGCAUCUGUGCCUUCCUGUGGCGCAAGAAGUGGCUGGGGCAGUGGGCCAAGCAGCUCUGUGUCAUCAAGGACACCAGACUCCUGUGCUACAAAUCUUCCAAGGACCACAGCCCACAGCUGGACGUGAACUUGCUGGGCAGCAGCGUUGUCCACAAGGAGAAGCAAGUGCGGAAGAAGGAGCACAAGCUGAAGAUCACGCCGAUGAACGCCGACGUGAUCGUGCUGGGCCUGCAGAGCAAAGACCAGGCUGAGCAGUGGCUCCGGGUCAUCCAGGAGGUGAGCGGCCUGCCUUCGGAGGGCGUGUCUGAGGGAAGCCAGUGUGUCCCAGAUACCCAGCGCCUCAGCUGUCAGAAACUGGAGAUCGCUGAGAAGUACCUGCCAGCCUCUGAGUAUGGAGGCUGCAUAGAUGGACACCCUGAGGUCCCAGAGACCAAAGAUGUCAAGAAGAAAUGUUCUGCUGGUCUCAAGCUGAGCAAUCUAAUGAACCUGGGCAGGAAGAAGUCCACAACGCUGGAGCCUCCAGAGAGGUCCCUCGAGACAUCCAGUUACCUGAAUGUCCUCGUGAACAGCCAGUGGAAAUCACGCUGGUGCGCCGUCAAGGACAGUCACCUGCACUUUUACCAGGACAGGAACCGGAGCAAGGCUGCCCAGCAGCCCCUCAGCCUGGUGGGCUGCGAGGUGGUCCCAGACCCAAGCCCGGACCACCUCUAUUCCUUCCGCAUCCUCCACAAUGGGGAGGAGCUGGCCAAACUCGAGGCCAAGUCUUCCGAGGAGAUGGGCCACUGGCUGGGCCUCCUGCUGUCUGAGUCAGGCUCUAAGACGGACCCGGAAGAAUUCACCUAUGACUAUGUGGAUGCUGACAGGGUUUCCUGUAUUGUGACUGCAGCCAAAAACUCACUGCUACUGAUGCAGAGAAAGUUCUCAGAGCCCAACGCGUACAUUGACGGCCUGCCCCGCCAGGACCGGCAGGAGGAGCUGUACGAUGACGUGGAGAUGUCGGAGCUGACUCCAGCGGUGGACCCUGCUGAGGAAGACACCCAGGGGACAGAUGAUCCAUGCCCAAACGAGCCUGACCGAGUAUACCUGGACCUCACACCCGUCAAGUCGUUCCUCCACAGCUCUGGCAGCGUGCAAGCCCGGGCCUCCUCUCCAUCCUUGCCCCACCUGGAUGACCUGGCUGAGGCCUUCCCUGUGGACCCAGGCCCCACCCCAGACGAGCCCUGUGUAAAGGCUGCAGAGACCCCUGAGGAGCAGGUACAGGCCGUCCCCCAGUGGAGUCCAGAGCCUGAGGAGCCUUGCCUGAGAAUCACCACCGUCAAAAUCCAGACCGAACAGCAGAAAAUCUCCUUCCCCCAGAGCUGCCCUGACACAGUGACCCUGACUCCUGCUGCCGGGGCCAGCCCACCCGGGAAGGACAGGCUUCGGGCCACCAGUGCAGAGAUCAAACUGGGCAAGAACAGGACAGAAGCUGAGGUGAAGCGAUACACAGAGGAAAAGGAGAGGCUGGAGAAGAAGAAGGAAGAAAUCCGGGGACACCUGGCUCAGCUUCGGAAAGAGAAACGGGAGCUGAAAGAGGCCCUGUUAAAGUGUACAGACAAGGGAGCCCUGGCCAGCCUGGAGCAGAAGCUGAAGGGAAUUGAUGAGGAGUGCAGGACUGAAGAGAGCAGGCGCGUGGACCUGGAGCUGAACAUCGUGGAGGUGAAGGACAACCUCAAGAAGGCCGAGGCAGGGCCUGUGACACUGGGUACCACUGUGGAUACCACUCACCUGGAGAGUGUGAGCCCCCGACCCAAAGCUGCCACCCCUAUCCCCGUCCCAGACUGUACCCCAGUCAACUCGGCAACAGCGCUCAAGAACAGGCCUCUUUCAGUCAUGGUCACAGGCAAAGGCACCGUCCUCCAGAAAGCCAAGGAAUGGGAGAAGAAAGGAACGAGUUAGGAAAUAAGCUUCAUCUGAGGACUAUCACAUCACUAUGGACCUUGGUGACAAUCCUGCUUCAUUAAAGUCUACGUUAAAGCAGCAACUCUGUGAAAGGGUGCGUCUGUUUAGAAGAAAAAGCAAGGACUGGGGUACUCAGAGGAGGCUUGGUCUUUUCCCAGAGCCAAGGGAAAUGAUAUGACUAAGAGAAAAAGCUUCUUUGGAGACUUAAGUCUAUUGGAUGGACACGAGAACACUGUUGUGGUUAGGAACGUUCUGGUUCUUCUUUGAAGUUUUCAUCAAGUGAUUUAUCAAGAAGUGAAAAAAGCUUCUGAUGUUGAGACUUUGAUGGAUGAGAAAUCAAGGUAGCAGGUCCUUGUCCACUGGUAAGUGGGUCUGCUAACUGAGAACACCUAAACUCCUGACCAUCAUCUCUUCCCCAAUACUUCAGCAGUGUUGAGGGGGAAACUGCCCUUGCUUUCCAGUUUGUUCUCUCCAAUAUUUGCAGGCCCAACAGCGAGCAUCUACAACAUGCUUUCUGAGAAACUGUAACCAGGGAAGAUAUUUGGGACCACACUGAGGCACUGUCCCCACUGGGUCAAGGACUUUUUUUUGUUCCUAGGACAGGACUGAAUCAACUAGAUAAAAUUUUAAGUGAUGCUGUAUUAUAUAGAAAAAUGUUUAAAAUUCUGUAACUUAGAAAAGUGAAAAAAUGUCUUUUGAGAUUUAACUGACUUUUUCUAUCACCAUAGAAAAACUUAUCCUUUGUUUACCGAUUCAGUCCUGUGGCCAGGUCAUUUUUCAGGGGAGAGUUACUUUAAUGUUCUCCUAGUCCCUGUUUUUCAAGUUGUAUUUAAUAUCUAGGCCCCUCCUAAGAAAAAAGUGGUGAAUUUUGGUUAAGAUGAUCUCAUUCUUCUCUUAAAAUUGGUAAUGCUGGUCUUUGGGCUACCCCUGUCUUUUCCUUGGAUGGCAUUUUUUUUUUUUAACACAGGUUGAAACAUUUCAUCUAUCAUCUCUGCCUCAUUUCUGGGAGUUUCGAAUCAGAGUUUUCUGAGAACUAAAGGUCUUCUGAGUCUUUCUAAUCCCAGGGCAUUUACUUCUUUUGUCAUAAACACUUGGUGACCCUUUAGCAAGUGGUGAGUUAGAUUUUUAUAAAUAAAAUUUUAAUUGUAUUUUGGGGUUUCCUUGUAUUUCAUGGAAUGGCUUGGCCAUUUACACACUGAACUUCAAAAUAUGCAAAACUACAAUGUGGAAUCCUAGGAGACUUUAAACCUCCUUAAGUGAUGGGUAAGUAGCACAAGCCAAACCCAUUGCCACAUCGAGUCAACUCUGACUCAUAGCGACCCUAUAGGACAGAGCAGAACUU